AUCUUACCUGUGACAUUCAUUAACCGAUGACUAUUCUCAACCAACCACAAAGACAUUGGUACCCUUUACCUUAUCUUUGGUGCAUGAGCCGGGAUAGUGGGUACCGCCCUAAGCCUCCUCAUUCGAGCAGAACUAGGACAACCAGGCGCCCUACUGGGAGACGACCAAGUCUACAAUGUAGUCGUCACAGCCCAUGCCUUCGUAAUAAUCUUCUUCAUAGUUAUACCAAUCAUAAUCGGAGGGUUCGGAAACUGACUAGUCCCCCUAAUAAUCGGAGCCCCAGACAUAGCAUUCCCCCGAAUGAACAACAUAAGCUUCUGACUACUCCCUCCAUCCUUCCUACUCCUCCUAGCCUCUUCUACAGUUGAAGCAGGGGUGGGAACAGGAUGAACCGUGUACCCACCACUUGCCGGAAACCUAGCCCACGCCGGAGCCUCAGUAGACCUAGCCAUCUUCUCCCUCCACCUGGCAGGUAUCUCCUCAAUCCUAGGGGCCAUCAACUUCAUCACAACAGCAAUCAACAUAAAACCCCCUGCCCUCUCACAAUACCAAACCCCCCUAUUCGUAUGAUCAGUGCUAAUCACUGCAGUCCUACUCCUCCUAUCCCUCCCCGUACUCGCCGCCGGCAUCACUAUGCUCCUCACCGACCGCAACCUAAACACCACCUUCUUCGACCCUGCAGGCGGAGGUGAUCCAGUGCUCUACCAACACCUUUUCUGAUUCUUCGGACACCCAGAAGUAUACAUCCUAAUCCUUCCAGGAUUCGGAAUCAUCUCCCACGUCGUAGCCUACUACGCAGGAAAAAAAGAACCUUUCGGGUAUAUAGGAAUAGUAUGAGCCAUGCUAUCCAUCGGAUUCCUGGGGUUCAUCGUCUGAGCCCACCACAUGUUCACAGUAGGAAUAGACGUAGACACCCGAGCAUACUUUACAUCUGCCACAAUAAUCAUCGCCAUCCCAACAGGAAUCAAAGUGUUCAGCUGACUUGCAACACUACACGGAGGCACAAUCAAAUGAGACCCACCAAUGCUAUGAGCCCUAGGAUUCAUCUUCCUAUUCACCAUCGGAGGUCUAACAGGAAUCGUCCUAGCAAACUCUUCACUAGACAUCGCCCUGCACGACACCUACUACGUAGUAGCUCACUUCCACUACGUCCUAUCAAUAGGCGCAGUGUUUGCAAUUCUAGCAGGCUUCACCCACUGAUUCCCACUGUUCACCGGCUACACCCUCCACUCUACAUGAGCCAAAGCCCACUUCGGCGUAAUAUUCGUAGGGGUCAACCUAACCUUCUUCCCCCAACACUUCCUAGGCCUAGCCGGCAUGCCACGCCGAUACUCAGACUACCCAGAUGCCUACACACUGUGAAAUACUAUUUCUUCCAUCGGCUCCCUGAUCUCCCUCACAGCCGUAAUCAUGCUAGUCUUCAUCAUCUGAGAGGCCUUCGCAUCAAAACGUAAAGCUUUCCAACCAGAACUAACAAGCACUAACAUUGAAUGAAUCCAUGGCUGCCCACCCCCAUUCCACACCUUCGAAGAGCCAGCCUUCGUUCAAGUCCAAGAAAGG